GAGCCGGGAUGGUGGUGGACUGGGAGCAGGAGACCGGGCUCCUCAUGAGCUCGGGGGACGUGCGGAUCGUCCGCAUCUGGGACACGGACCGCGAGAUGAAGGUGCAGGACAUCCCCACGGGCGCCGACAGCUGCGUGACGAGCCUGUCCUGCGACUCCCACCGCUCUCUCAUCGUGGCCGGCCUCGGCGACGGCUCCAUCCGCGUCUACGACCGGAGGAUGGCACUCAGUGAAUGCCGCGUCAUGACGUACCGGGAGCACACGGCCUGGGUGGUGAAGGCCCACCUCCAGAAACGCCCGGAGGGCCACAUCGUGAGCGUGAGCGUUAAUGGAGACGUGCGCUUCUUUGACCCGCGGAUGCCGGAGUCUGUGAACGUGUUGCAGAUCGUGAGGGGCCUCACGGCCCUGGACAUCCACCCCCAGGCCAACCUGAUCGCCUGCGGCUCCAUGAACCAGUUCACCGCCAUCUACAACAGCAACGGGGAGCUCAUCAACAACAUCAAGUACUACGACGGCUUCAUGGGCCAGCGCGUGGGCGCCAUCAGCUGCCUGGCCUUCCACCCGCACUGGCCUCACCUGGCCGUGGGGAGCAACGACUACUACAUCUCCGUGUACUCGGUGGAGAAGCGCGUGAGAUAGCGGGGCCGGGCACCCGCCGCCCUGUACAUAGUGGACCCGCCGCGCUCGCCUGGAGCGCCGGCUGCUGCUGCCCGCCGCUCCGCGGCCGCUCGGCUCCGGACAGAGGAGGCCCGCCGUGACGCAGGCCCUGCUGCUGCUGCCCCCGGGCUCCCCUCCCCUCGGGAGCACACCCACGCUGCGACGGCCACUGCGUGUGCGGAGCCCAGCCCUGGGCACGUGGACGGCUCCAGACACUGGGGGGGUGCCCAGGGCCACGCCCUCUGGGGGUCCCCCGGGGUUGCCACGGCCUGUGCUGGGCAGGCGCCCCUCCCCCACACGCGCCUUCCCCACAGGGGGCCACCAGGAGAGGGCUCCGGCCUGGACAGGUCCCGGGAGACCCCGCCGCCCCCUCGGACGUGCUGCUGGUCCCCACAGAGCCUCCGGCCUGCGCCUCACGGUGCACACGCACGCGGGCACACACGUGUGGCCCCACAGCACCUGCCUGAGCCACACCCUGGGCCCUGCUCGCUGAGGCCGACAUCAGGACGUGUCUGCGCGUGUGCGUUGCGUGUGCAUCGCGUGUGCGCGCGUGGAGCAGGGAAGCGUGUGGACGAGCAGCCCCGGCCGACCACGCUGCACACGGACGCGGCCGACGCGGUCUGAGGCGCGUGUUCCGUUUUCUCUGGGAAUCAGGAUUAUUCAGAUGCGGCGCGGGGGCUUGGCUGGCUCUGCCGGUAGGUGGCCUGCGUGGUGGGACGUGGCAAACGUGCGGUCCCCUCGUCGGGACGGUGGCUUCUGCCUGGGGCCCUGCGGCCGGCGGUGCCUGGGUCGGUCCCAGGGCCCGGCCAGGGCUCGGUGUGGACAGCGACCUUCCUGCUGCCCCUGGGGGUGCUCCCAGCCACAGGAAGUGUCCGGAUGAAGCCCCGCCCCCACGUCAGGCCAGGAAGGCCAGAGAGAGCCCCGACUGCCCACGGGGCCGCCCUAGCCCAGCCCCCAGAGCCCCCAGCUGGUGACACACCAGAACCUUCCGGAAGCCGAGCUCCGCCCACGGACAGCGCCUGCCCCCGCGGCUGACUCGGUUCACUGACCCUGACCUACCCUGCGUUUCGGCCGCGUGCACGGAGCCCUCCCUGCUCUGCCCGAGAGCCGCCUGCGUGCACGCUGUGUCCCCACAGGUCCCACGCGAGAAUCCAAUCAUGAAGUUACCCGAGGCUCGAGAGAGCGCGACCCACGGUCUGUUUAUCUCUAUUUAUUUACGAAGCUGACGUGGAAUCGUAAUGUGAAGCUACGAGCAACGGCCGACAGUAACUGUCCAUAAAAUAAACCCGUGCAGAAGUGC